AUGGUGGAAGCUCUCGAGCAGAAAGCCGCCGGGGGGCCGAGGAAGAAGAAGAAGAUGAAGAUCCUCUGCCUCCACGGUUUCCGCACCAGCGGCAGCUUCCUCAGGAAGCAGAUCUCCCGAUGGGACCCCUCAAUCUUCUCCUCCUUCGACCUCGUCUCUCUCUCUACUCAUCUCUCUCUCUCUGUCUCUCUCUCUCUCUCUCUCUCUCUCUCUCUCUCUCUAACGGAGGUCUUGGGGGGCAUGCAGGUGUUCCCGGACGGAAUAUUCCCGGCUGGGGGGAAGUCGGAUAUAGAGAGGAUCUUCCCGCCGCCGUACUUCGAGUGGUUCCAGUUCAACAAGGUGGGUGGGUUCUUCGGACGAGCCGGCAAAAUUGUGUGUGAACUGAGCGAGCGAAAUUUCCCGAUCAGGAAUUCACCGAGUACGAGAACCUGGACGCAUGCAUCUCCUUCCUCUGCGAGUACAUCGCCACCAACGGCCCCUUCGACGGCUAUCUCGGCUUCUCUCAGGUAACAGCGGCCUUCCUCCCCUCCGGACUUCUCUCUUUCUCUCUCUCUCUCCAAGUUUGACUUCCUCUGGUCCUCCAUUCCGCUGUUGACUUUCGGAUGAUCCUCGGAUUCUGGAUGAAUUUCGAUGAGCCUUCUCGUUUGGAACCAAUACUGUAGUUUAUUUUUAUUUUUUAGGGUCUUUUUUCGUUUUGGGUCGCUGAAAAAGCCUUCAACUGUGCGAACGUCACCGUAUUUAUUUAUUUAUUAUGAUUAUUAAAGUAGUCGAUCAAAUGGGCCAAGUGAUAAGUAAGAAGCCGGCCGCAGAUUUUUCUGGGCUUAGUAGGUUCUAAGUCAACUCCCACUGUUUUUUUCUUUAGGGUGCAACGAUCGCGGCGCUUCUGCUCGGAUACCAGGCCAAGGUGAGACAGAACCGAAAGGAUAGAUACUCCGAAGGUUUUCCCGAAGUGGCAUCCCCUCUAACUUUUCCGCUGUCGGCGGUCAACAGGGGAAGAUCUUGCAGGAGCAGCCACCGGUGAAGCUCUUCGUUUCCAUCUCCGGCAGCAAGUUCAGGGACCCCGCCAUUUGCGAAGCCGCCUACGGGAAGCCCAUCGAGGUCAACUCCGUCCAUCUCAUCGGAGACGAGGACUGGCUCAAGCUCCCUUCCGAGGAUCUCGUCACCGCCUUCGUUGACCCCCUGAUCAUCCGUCACCCUUAUGGCCACAUUGUCCCUAGACUCGGUCUCCACUCUCACUCUCUCUCUCUCUCUAUACAUAUAUAUAUAUAUAUAUAUAUAUAUAUAUAUCUGCAUGUCUAUUUAUCCACCUAUCUAACUCUCUAUCGGUCUAUCUAUUGAUCUAUCUAUUUAUCUCUCUCUCUCUCUCUGUUUAUUUAUCUGUCUCUUUCUAUCUAUCUAUCUGUCGGAGUUGACGGGAGACGUUGACAUUGCUCAGAUGCGGCGGCGGUGGUGCAGCUCAGCGAAUGGACGCGGGGGAUCGCCGGCGGGGCCGCGGCGGAGAACGGAGCCGCCGCCGGCGGUUAUGACCCGGGAGAACCCCUGCCUUUAAAGGACACGGCGGCGUUGGCGCCGCCGAGUGAACGGACUCCGCCGGAGGUCCCCCCGGCGGAGAACGGAGGAGCUGGCGGUGGCGGCGACGAGGGAGGACCAGCGCCUUCAAAGGGCACGGCGGCGGUGGAGAUCGCCGGUGGCGUUGCAGCGGCGAACGGAGCUGCUGGAAAAGAAUGA